AUGCCACAAUCAGACCCUAACACAGUCAGCGCCAAACCAACAGCCUGCCUUCGCAGGGCCACUCCCGGGAGCGCAGGAUUGGACCUCUGUGCCUCCACCGACUCAAUUCUAACCCCCGAAGAUGGGGUACAAAUUAUUUCCACAGGAAUUUUUGGGCCGCCUCCCCCACACACUUAUUAUUUAAUUUUGGGAAGGGCAUCUAGUACAUUAAAGGGCAUCAAUGUCUUCCCUUCUUUAAUUGAUAAUGACUAUACUGGAGAAAUAAAAAUCUUGGCCAGCAGUACGCGGGGACCCCUCCCAAUUACUAAGGGACAGCGAUUGGCUCAAGCGCUCCCCCUACCCCUAGAUUUAACUGCUCCCGCUUUAGGCCCUUCUCGAGGACCAUCUACUCCUGGAUCCUCGGACAUUUUCUGGGUUCAACAGAUGACUCAAGAGCGACCCACUCUAAAACUUAAACUUAAUGGAAAGAUAUUCGAGGGCCUUUUGGAUACAGGUGCAGAUUCCACAGUAAUUUCUCAAAGAGCAUGGCCUCCUUCUUGGCCCUCCCAGCCAACUUUAACUCAGCUACAGGGCAUAGGUCAAUCUCUUAAUACCCUACAGAGUUCCCAAUUGCUGACCUGGGAGGACCCUGAGGGAAAUAACGGACACGUGCGUCCAUUUAUAGUCCCUGGGCUCCCUGUUAAUCUCUGGGGGAGAGAUAUUCUUUCCCAAAUGGGAGUUCUCAUGUUUAGCCCCUCAGAGGUAGUCACCCAACAAAUGCUUAAACAAGGCUUUAUACCAGGGAAAGGAUUAGGAAAAAAUAAUCAAGGAACACCCAAACCUGUUUCGGUUGUUCCAAAAUUGACACGUACAGGACUUGGUUAUGAAUCACAUUUUUCUUAAGGGCCAUUGCUCCCCCUGCACUCCAGGCAGAUAAAAUAACAUGGAAAAGUGACUCCCCUGUCUGGGUUGACCAAUGGCCCCUU